UUUUCUGCAGGCUCACAACGCCUAAUAGCUCACCCCAUUUCUCCUUCCUUCCCAAUUUGAGAGACAAACCCAGAUAAAGAAAAAAAAAAACGGGAGGAUGAUGACAUACGCAGCCUCAGCUUCAAGGCCUCUCUGCUUCAACACCCAACCGGCCAUUGUGAACAGCAAUGGUCUUAAUAGCAAUAGCGCUUCUAGUAUCAUCGAUUGCAGCAGAACAACAAGGAGGAAGCGCGUCGGUUUGGUUAAAGCCUCGUCGCCUACAAGACCCACCUUGUCCAGAAAUUGGGAUUUUCAGUUCGCAGCUACUACUGCUACUACUACUACUACUACUUCCUCUCCACGCGUCCCCAGAUUCGAAGAGCUCGAUACCACCAACAUGCUCCUCCGUCAGAGAAUCAUCUUCUUGGGUUCUCAGGUGGAUGAUAUGACGGCGGAUUUGAUAAUAAGCCAGCUGCUAUUUCUGGAUGCUGAAGACCCCAAAAAGGAUAUUACAUUGUUUAUCAAUUCGCCUGGUGGCUCGGUUACUGCUGGAAUGGGAAUAUAUGAUGCAAUGAAAUUGUGCAAGGCAGAUGUUUCAACUGUUUGCUUGGGGCUUGCUGCUUCUAUGGGUGCAUUUCUCCUUGCUUCCGGUUCAAAAGGAAAGAGGUACUGCAUGCCCAAUGCAAGAGUGAUGAUCCAUCAACCUCUUGGAACUGCUGGAGGCAAAGCAACAGAAAUGGGUAUACGAAUUAGAGAAAUGGCAUACCACAAGAUUAAAUUGAACAAAAUAUUGUCAAGAAUCACAGGGAAGCCUUUAGACCAGGUUGAGGAGGACACAGACCGUGAUAAUUUCAUGAAUCCCUGGGAAGCUAGGGAUUAUGGGUUGAUUGAUGAAGUUAUUGAUGAUGGAAAGCCAGGGUUAGUUGCACCAAUUGGAGAUUCCACACCUCCACCCAAAACAAAAGUCUGGGAUAUGUGGAAAGUUGAAGGUACCAAGAAAUCCAGAAAGAAUUUACCCUCGGAGCAGAAAAUUUCAGAUAAGGGACGUGAGAAUGAGAAAGGUUUGGAAGCACCUACUGCAACAUAAGACCUGAGACAAGACUAGUGGCUUUCAUUUGAAUUUUGAUCAUGUUUAUCUUUUAUUAAUGUCAUAAUGCUUACCUCUCAAAGUAAUCUUCUUUUGUACAUUCCUUAUCCAAAAUAGUGAAGAUAGAUUAUUAGAGAUGAUUUAGGUGAUUAAAUUUAUUUCUCAUUUCUAUCA